UUGAGAACAGCUCCCGUCUGUCAGCCAGUAAUUCUUUCAGCUGACCAGAGGAAAACGAAAGCUUGUAUUUAUUUCACAAAUGUUGCAUUUAAAUUGUAUUUAAAUUGCGAUUUUUGUUCCCCCUUUCCGAAUUUGACAGUCUCAUUUUCAAGACACAAUAAGGUAGUUUUAUUGUAUUUUUUAUAUUGCUGCGGAGGGAAAUCCGCGCCUUACCGGCACGCUGCAAAGCCGUGACGCAAACCACGCUCCGCUGCUGCAACACAAUAAAAUAUGAAUCGCCAGUGCGUCGACGGUCGGACCGCUCCGUGAGGAUCAUUCAAGGAAGGUGAGGAGGGGGGAGUGGCGCCGACUAACCCACCCGUUUUUACCAAAACAAUACACGCCCAUGGCCCGUGCGUGCGGGGCGUUUCGUCAAGCCGGAACCAGGAGCCAGGUGUGAUCCGCCUGUCCUCGGCAGCUCGGCGCCCUCCGUCUCCUCUUCUCCUCUGCAGGGUGCAGGGGGAGAAGAAGGCGCUCCGAGCAGGGGGGGAGACUCUCAUCGCGUUACGCAGAUUCGGAGCCUCAGUGCAGAGCGAGCCAGCGGUCUGGGGAUGGGGAUGCGAUAACUGUGAGAUCCAUGGCCCCUGCUGUCAGCGCAGAUUGCGUCUCGAGAGGAGAGUGAAUGCCGCUGAAACGUCAAGGCUGUGAGCCCUGUGCCGGGUGACGAUGAGCAGUCAGGGCAACAGCAGAAAGGGAAGUGGCCAGCAUGCUGACACUCCUCCUCUACGUCAUGCACCAGGACCCAAGCUGCAGGUGCAGCGUUCCCACUCCCGCGACACAAUCACCAUCCACUUCUCUGCUCUGGGAAAGGAGGAGGAAGAUGAGGAAGAAGAGCUCUACGGGCUAUCUGUUGGAUGUGCCGCUGCUAAGUCGGUUCUGGACGGCGCUGCAGGACCUCAGAGCCAAACCACCGGGACUGAUGACCAGUGUGUUGCCAAAGGCUCGGAGGCGAAAGAGGAGAUAAAGUUGGAAUCGGUCGAUGCGGAGAUCUCCUCUGAAGCAGCUCCACUGCCUGUUUCUUCGGCUAUCCUGCCAGUGACAUUGUUGGACUCACAUCCGCACACAACCUCUCCUGCAAUGACUGUUAACCCCGUUCCAGCCCACUCCCACCUGAGCUCCACUCCACCCACCAGCUCCUCCGAUCGACCAGCCCAACCCCCUUUAAUUAGUUCUAGUUCUUCUUCCCCUUGUAAGUCUGCAGCCCUUUCCUCCUCCAAGCCUUUUCUUAGCCUUGUUAGAUCUUUGUCAAAUGAUGUCGAUUCUAGAGAAACUGCUCCUGCAAUUGCCACCGUCUUACCCUCACACGCCCGACACAGACACUUAAUGAAGUCUUUUGUUAAGUCUCUCUCUACGGACACUUCGAAGGGCGAACACCACGAAGGGCCUCCUCAACACCCUCCUCAGCACCAGCAAAUACAGGCAACUCACCGCACUCCGCCUCGUAACAUGCAGCUUUUCAAGCAGUUCUCCCAGCCUCGCUUGUCUUCCUGCCCUGUUGCAGUCACUCAAGCAGGCGGAGACUCCAAAACAGCGCCCUCUUCUCCUAUCAUGUCCCCAGAUGGGAGAUCCUUCUUCAAGGUUCAAGAGGUGGAGGCCAGGAUAGAGGACACCAAGAGGCGCUUGUCAGAGGUGAUGUCGGACCCCUUGCAGCUUUUCAGUAAGAUUAUUGGAGAUGAGUCUGGUUCAGGAGCUGUCGGGAGCGCAGCCCAUCGGGCUAAAUCGCUCUCCUCCAGUGCGUCGGAGCUCAGUGGAGUAACUUCGGUAAAUGGACACACGGAAGCUAACAACAACUAUAGCAUCAAAGAGGAGGGGGCUGAAGGGGAAGAAGAGGAGGAGACCCCUACGGAACGGGGGCCCGACUCGUCUUUCUUCUCUUUCCCAUCACUGUCACUAGCGCCGACUGUCACCCAGGCCUCGUCAUCUACCUUCAACAGGUCUCCCUCUCUCACGCUGGGACGCUGUUCCAUGUCGGCCCUUGUCGCUCGACAGGAGGAUGAGGACUUCUGUGAACUGUACAGCGAGGACUUUGAGUUGUGUACGGAUACAGAGACUCCAGAUGGGGAACGAUCCAUGUCUCAGCAGCCCUAUACCGGUAGCACUGGUCUGGGCAGUGAACUGGAGGCAGAGGAUGAGCGACUGGAGGAAGAAGUGGAGAAUGUGCCUGUGGCUGGCCUCGUCUUCUUAACACAGUUGUUGUAUUGGUACUUAGUUCUUCCGGUGCCUCCGUGUGUGUGUUCUGUGUUGCAUGGGAUAGUAGUUGGGUUCAUGCUGGCCCUGCUGGUCCUUUGGCUGUCUGCUCCUCGUUGCUCUUCACCAGGGAGCAGAACAGGGAGAUGGAGGAAAGACCAGCGAAAUGUUCCCCAGCUUGAUGUCAAAGAACCAGGAAUAUUCAGGGGCUGGAUGAAUGAGAUCCACAGCUAUGACCCGGAGAUGUACCACGCCACCCUGACCCACUCUGUUUACGUCCGCUUAGAGGGCUCGGUCCUGCGUCUGUCCAAGCCCAACAGGAACGUCUCCCGCCGUGCCGCACACAACGAGCCUAAACCCGACGUCACUUACGUCAGCCAGAAGAUCUACGAUCUGACCGACAGCAGGAUCUACCUGAUGCCCCAGAGCUUGGCUAGGAAGAGAGUAUGGAACAAGAAGUACCCCGUUUGCAUUGAACUGGCCAAGCAGGAGGACUUCAUGUCAAAGGCAGAGGGCGAAAGAUCAGAAGCCGGGGAGGAGAGGACUACUGGGCUGGGUGAGACGUUUGAACGAACGGACCAACUGGAAAGACCCGAAGGCGGCACAUUGGCGGAGGAGCAGAAACGAUCGACCGCCGGGGGAGGGGAUCUGACAAUUUACUUGUUUGGGAGGACCGGUCGAGAAAAAGAGGAAUGGUUUCGGAGAUUUCUUCAGGCGUCCCAGAUGAAGUCGGAGGGGAGAGGCGGCAGCCUGUCUGGCAUCUGCAAGAGCGCCUUGUUGCCCGCUCACAGCCGCAGCGGCAGCAUCCAGUCGGGCGGAGGCCCCGAGGCUGACAGCAGGGGCAGCAGCAGGGGAAGCCAGGAGGAGCUGUCUCUGCCUCGGCACAGAGAGACUCCCGCCUCUCUCUGCAGUGGCUCAGCCGGAGGGAUGAAGCAGAAGAUGCUCUUGGACUAUAACGUCUACAUGGCCAAAUACGUCAACCCCCAGGCCCCGCCCGGAAGCCCGGCGGCAGCCGACAGCCCCGGGCACAGCCCUGAGAGCAGCCCCAAAACCACCAAAAAGUUGCCCAGGAGUUCAGAGGAGGCUGCGGAGCCGGAGGCGUGGGUCAAUGCCUUUCUGGGCAGGAUAUUCUGGGACUUCUUACGAGAGAAGUACUGGGCCGAUGUCGUCUCCAAAAAGAUCCAAAUGAAGCUCAGUAAAAUCAGGCUGCCAUACGUAAUGAACGAGCUGACUUUGACAGAGCUGGACAUGGGAUUCUCAGUUCCUAAGAUCCUCCGUGCCUCCAAACCAUCAGUGGACCACCAAGGUCUUUGGUUUGAUCUGGAAGUCUCCUACGCGGGCUCGUUCCUCAUGACACUGGAAACCAAGCUGAACCUGGCCCGCCUGGGGAAAGAAGGCGAAGGACUCGGGGAGCAAGGGAAAGAAUGGCCCAGGCCACGGACGUACUGUCUGGCCGACAGCGAUGAGGAGUCAUCCAGUGCUGGCUCAUCAGAUGAGGAGGAUCCCCCGGAACUGCUCAGUGACAAGCCUAGCCUGCCCGCGUCGGAGGGCUACGUAGGAGGCCACAGACCGAGCAAGAUCAUGCGCUUUGUGGACAAGAUCGCCAAGUCCAAGUACUUCCAGAAGGCAACCGAGACCGAGUUUAUCAAGAAGAAGAUGGAGGAGGUUUCCAAUACGCCCCUCCUGCUCACCGUGGAGGUGCAAGAGUGCAGGGGGACACUGGCUGUCAACAUCCCACCUCCCCCUACGGACAGGAUAUGGUACGGUUUCCGGAGUCCUCCCCACCUGGAGCUGAAGGCAAGACCCAAACUGGGUGAGAGGGAGGUCACUCUGGUUCAUGUCACAGAGUGGAUCGAGAAGAAGUUGGAUCAGGAGUUUCAGAAAAUAUUUGUAAUGCCAAACAUGGAUGACAUAUGGUUACCCAUAAUGCACUCUGCCAUGGACAUGCGCUCAAACGCCAACUUGACUGUGACAAACGAUGCCUUGAAGGAUCCAGAGCCGGAGGAGUCUGAGGUCUCCGAUGCAUGAGAGGUGCUGUUCAAAAUGUGCAACGGCUGGCAUUUCAUGACCUGGCGAUACAAGGCGGACAAGACGUCUGUCAGAAACCGAAGGUGCAGCCGCAGCCUCCAGCCAGCUCUACGGUCGUUUUCUCUGUAUUUCAUCCGUUCCAUUUUUUUUUUGUACCGAUAGUAGACUGCUAGCAGUCAAAAAAAAAUAACACAUUCAAAAAGCUGGAAGAUUGAGGUGGUGAGCUCUCUCUUAUUCUUAAGUCAAUCACAAGAGGAGGAUGUGAGAAAUGAUGUGACCAUAUAAUUUUUACUUUUCAUUAUGUUUAUCUGACGUCUAAUAUUGGUUCUGUCUGAUGGAACGCGGUUCAUGGGUCAAGAUAAAAUACAGCGACCUCCACAAUUACUGGCACAUUAAGUUUUUGGAUCAGUGUUUUGAAACCUCCAGUGAGUCCUCCCACACUAUCCCAAGUUUCCCUAUGAUAGAGAAAUGACACAAAAGCGGUCCGUGUAUUUUAACCUCUUUUCAAAAUGGGAAACACUGGAAAACAUGCCAUUUAAAGGAGCAAUAAGUGAUUUUUUACCACCCAGUGGGGCUUGAGCACAGUCUGUAAACCAAAACAAGACGUGUAUGAAGCCAUGCCUCUAUCUACCUUCACUCCUGCUGCAACCCGACAUCCAUUUUCCCCUUCUCAACCGUCGCCUCGUUUAAGCAUAUUUGCAAAGGAUAAAUACACAGCAAAAUAGUUUUGAUCCACUGGCCGUGCUCUCUGCCAUUUUGUGCCUACGCAACGCUACUCUGACGGUGGCAUUUUACGAGCAGGGAGGGGCUAAGCCCUGAGUGGCAGCUGUUUACAUGCACGUGCAGCCAGCCCGGCUAUGUAAACAAAAGACUGGAGAACAACACAGAGAGAUGAUGUGUGGCGUCAUACCAUAGUCCAUCUAAAAAGAUAAAUUUAGUUCUUGACAAAACAAUAGUUUAGUUCUUUGCAUCUAAAACUGACAUUUCACUUAUUGCUGCUUUAAGUAUAAUGCAUGUAUGUGUUGAUGUUCAUAACUAAAGAAAUGGCUGCAGAUAAAUUGCAACUUUGCUAAAUUUCUCUAUCUACAAUCAGCUUAAUAUUUUAAAAGUUUAAAACAACAAGGACUGCUACAGAUGUGGCUGGACGAGGAUAUUUCUUUUCUUGCCACGACCCACAGAGCAGGAUUGUAAAAUAGGUUAAAGAAAAUCUCCAAAACUGCAACAAAUAGUGCCAUCCUUUGGUCACCAUGGCUCCGUAGUAACCAUUUGACCCCAUGUAGAUGUUAGCCAGUUGUUUCGGAUGAAGCCUUUCCUGUCCUGCCAUAACAGACAUUAUUAUCAUGUGGAGUUAGCUGAAAAUUAAUGUUUCGCUAUGAUGAGACUUUUUCGCCAGGAAAAACUCCAGGUAGUCUUGGUAUGAAAUAAAAGAUGAAAAUCUGCCAAUGCACCUCCUGCUUGCUGUUAAGCAAGGGGUAGGAUACAGCAUGUGAUGCUGUGGGCCCCAUUUCCCUUCUAAAGGCGCUUAUAACUGUAAAUACCAAGAGAUUUUCUAUAAGAAUCCGGUGCACUCUGCUAAAAAAGUGAAAAUGGUCCGUUAUGCUCUUCUGACAAUAGGAUGUCACUCAGGUGAGGACAAAGUGACGCCCUAUUGGCUAAAAUUGUUUGCACAGUAUUAACAAAAGAGCAAGAAAUCAGUGUCUAGGGACACUAGGGAAAUACUUUUCUCCACUGCCCAAACAAUAAAUGUACUAAAAUUGAACUUUUUUUAUUUUUUCCAUUAUAUUGCACUUCUGCAAUAGAAUUUAAUUAUUUAAUGUCUUUUUAUGUUAUUACCAGUAAAUGUGGAGGGCACUGUAACUCAACAAAUAGCCAUUCUGAGUCGGCUAGAGGAACCUUAAUACCUGUGAUGUGUAGCUGUACCUAACAUAAUAGUUGGACAGUGUUAACCUUCUCUGUGAAGUUGCUAAAUGAGUGUCUUAUUGUUGCUGUUAUGAGGAUUAGCUAAAACUGUGGCCAGUGAUUAAGACUUUGGGUUAAAAAAAAAAACAUUACCCAAUCAAGGACACAGUGGAUCUCAAAAAUGCACCAAAGAGUUAAGAUUUUGUGAUGUAAAAAAUAUUCCACCUUUUAUUUAACAUCUAUUCUGUACAAUUACACUGCCGUGAAAUCUCCUGGGAGGUAAAAUGCCAAUAAAUAAAUAAAUAAAUAAAACCACAACCUGGUUACAAAAGUGUACAACCCUUAAAUGAAUACUUUGUUGUGGUCCAUUGUGAUCUAAUCACAACAUUUGGUCUACUUUAGUACACAUUUAAUGUCGAUAUAGUGAAUCUGAUUAGAGUCCAGACGUUCAGCCGCCCCAGUAGGGUUUCCCCCUAUAUUUACUCAUUUGCAUCCUUUAGCCACAAUUUUAGCCUGAACAGUAACAGUCAGAAGACCGGUAGAAAAAAAUAAUCUCACUACUUUAUCUGCAACCAUGGCAAAGCAAAGACAAAUGUCAAUAAAUGGGGAAACAUGGAGUAACGCUGAAAGAAACUGGACAUUUUUAUUAGACACCAAAGCAGGAGUUUCUGCCCAGGAUUAGUUUUCCCCUCCAUAUUGAACUACGCUGUAAGAUAACAGCUAGCUUUGCCAAAACAUCUCCUAAAACCCCGUAAGAUAUUACGCUGUGAUCUGUUGAAACCCAACUCAAAUUAAUUCCAAAAGCUGUUUUGGCACAAAAGCAACACACCGUAUACACAAAUUAACAGCAUACCCACGGUGAAGCAUGGUGGUGGCGGCAUUAUGCUCUGGAGUUGCUUUUUCUGCAGAUGAAAUUGCCUUUGUUGUCAGGUUGAAUGAAAUCAUGAACAGUUUUGCAUAUCAGUCAGUCUUGAUCCAAAACGUCAAGCCUGCUAGAAAGCUAAAGACGAGAAGGGAUUCUAUUUAUCAGCAUCAUAGUGAGUGCAAGUAUAUGUGCAAAACGACUUCAUCAGAUGGAAAUGUAAGUUUUGGAGAAGCCAGAGUCUAAAUCUGACGGACGGUUAUGCGUGCUCACCUGUAAGAACUCUGGACUACAGAUGUACUCACAAACACAAUUUCGAGAAGUUUUGCAAGGUAGAGAUGGUACCAUUUGAGGAUGUGGUUUAACUGACUCCUACAAAGAGGACUGAAAUCUCUAGUUAAAUCAAAAGCCUCAUCAACGUAGUGUUAGUGUCAGGAUGUGCAAACUUAUGCAACCACGUUAUUGCAUUUUCUUAAGUUACACAUAACCCCCCUGGAGUUAUUGGUUUGUGUUUCAGUGGAAGUGCAAAAUGAUAAAUGUCACAUCAAAGGUUAAAAAUAAGGUUGGAGAUUGUUUAUCUUGGUCUCUUUUUAUUUUUACAUCACAAAAACCUGGCAUUUCAAAUGUGGGUGUAUGUUAUUUAGACCCACAGAACUUCUCAUACCAUCAACUUUUACCAGCCAGUCACUUUGCUGCCUGGCCCAUAAAUGCAAAAUGGUUCAUAAAUGGUUAGGAAACAGCGGCCCGUUAAAAUCCAUCAUGCUGUCAUACAGCAUGUGUGCUGGUUCUAUGAAAUGACACUAUCUGCAAUGUUUAAAACUACGUCUGGAAUUGAUUAAAGUAAUAAUUUUCUAUUUGUAUUGCCAAAGGGAAUAUAGAAGGUGGAAAAAAAUAAAAUAAAGCAAUGCUCAUGUCGAGGUGACGCACAGCCAGUGUUUUAUCAGCCGCAGCUGGAAAUGAGGAUGAAUCAGAGUGAGACGCUUUCUGUGCAGCAGGAAGUGGGAAACCCUCAAAGGCAGCAACACCUCGACCUGGAAUUUGUAGUUGUAAUAAAAUUACUUUUAUUAAUUAAAGCAGCAUCCUGGAUAUUAGCCAUAUUUAAUGUUGUCAGCGGUCAUACAGCUAAAGAAUGAAGUUUUGUUGAAUCAUUUUGUUGCUGUUCUGUUGUGUUAAAAGAGCAGCGCCACCAAUAAUCUAACCAUGGGAACUUUUCCUGUCUGCUUCAGAGGUGACUUUGUGUUUUCUAUGUUCAGAUAGGUGUGCGUUGGCUAGUGUAUGAGGCAGAAAGUGCCUUUGAGAUAAUCAAACAUUCCUUCAUAAUGAGCCACCUCGUUUCUUGCAUUGGUUAUUGACCUGUUCUUGUGCCAUCGCUGUCUGUCAAGACAUGCCAGUUGUUUUCCCACCUUUCUUUGCUGUUCAUUUGCACAGUGAUGAAGAUAUCAGGCUAUUCUGUUCGGUAUUCUUGCAAAAAAAAAAAAAAAAUGAUGUUACUGUUCUGUCUAUUGUGGAUCAAUAAAAACAAUUUACUUGAAA